GUGCUCUGCGAGCAUUGAGUUCAUUGAUGCUGUUCUUUUUUUUAUAAUAAUUAAAUCAUAUAAUUAAAUUUACUGAUCAUCAAAAAUUCUUUUGAUAUAGAAUAUUGGUUAGUGAACAUAAAAGGUGAGCCACUUGGAAUUCCUUGAGAGUAAAAUGACUGCGAGAACUUCAUCUGCACGAGCCCCUACUGAGAAUGAACCUACAAUUGCUUAUGUCCAAGCAGACGGGCUGGCUGUAAUGAAAAUAGUUAAACAUUGCCAUGAAGACUCUACAACAAAUAUGGAUAUUGCACAAGGUGCUCUCCUGGGAUUAGUUGUUGAUAACAGAUUAGAAAUAACAAAUUGUUUUCCAUUUCCAAAGCAAUCUGAUGAAGCAACAGACGAAGAUGAAUAUCAAUUAGCAAUGAUGAGAAGAUUGAGACGUGUAAAUGUAGAUCAUUUUCACGUGGGUUGGUAUCAAAGUGCAGAUGUAGGGAACUUCUUGAGUCUCCCAUUAUUGGAGUCUCAGUUUCACUAUCAAACAUCAAUUGAGGAGUCAGUGGUUGUAAUUUAUGAUACUCAGAAAUCUUGCAGGGGAUUCUUAACUCUAAAAGCAUAUCGAUUAACACCCCAAGCGAUUGAAAUGUAUAAGGAAGGUGAAUUCACACCAGAAGCUUUUUUAAAACUGAAGAUUGGAUUUGAAAAUCUAUUUACUGAAGUUCCAUUCUUUAUCAAGAAUUCUCCAUUAACGAAUAUCAUGAUGUCUGAAUUAGCAGAACUUGUUCCCGAAGAGGAAGGUUCAAAGUUUUUGGACUUGGGCACGGCCACAGUUCUUGAAGGUCAAUUGCGAUGCCUGAUGGAUCGAGUGGAUGAACUAAAUCAGGAAGCUAUUAAAUUCAAUCGGUAUCAGCAAUUAGUUAGCAGACAGCAACAAGAUAAACACAGAUACUUGCAAAAGAGAGCUCAGGAAAAUGCUGCACGAAGUAGUAAAGGAGAACCUCCACUACCAGAAGAAGAUGUCAACAAACUGUUUAGACCUCAUCCAAUACCAGCAAGGUUGAAUCCUAUGGUUAUUGCUGGACAGAUAAACACUUACAGUCAAGCGAUAUCUCAGUUCUGUUCACAGAGUUUGGCUAAGUUGUACAUUACCCAAGCCUUGCAAAAUGCAAAGGAAAUUAAUUCUAAUAAGUGAAUGUAAGAAACAAUGUUGAAAAUAAAUCAUUAAUGCAAAUAA